UAGGUACAAGUCGUUCGGCCUUACCUAAACCCAAAACUAUGCAAUAUGCCCGCUUUUUCUCCUCUCUGAUAGACACAACGAGACAAAAAGCGAAUUCAGAACCCUUGAAGGCUUAAACCCCGCAAAAACCCUCAUUUCUUUGUCUUCAGCCUUCACUUGUGCUUCAAUGUGAGACUCAGCCAUUUCUAAACCCUUUUGAAAACCAACCAACCAAACCCCUAAAUUUAUUGACACAUUUUUUCAAACACUUAGAAUGCGUUUUCUUCUUCAACAUAGAUUCUCAUUCUUCAUGGGCUCUCUCAGAACCUCGACAGCAUCCACUCUUACUCUCCUCUUUCCUUCUAAUACACGCUUUUUGCAAUCCUCUUCACGGGUUCUUUCCGUUUGUGCUUCGAAACCCAUUGAUAAUAGUAGUAAUAAUCAUCGUUCUUUGACUCUGAAAACCACAACUAAAACCAAUGACUUCUCCUCGGUCCCAGUUCUUUAUGAGGAUAUAGAAAAUCGGCGGUUGGGUUCGCGGCCAUUGGAUAUUUUAAAGAUUAAGUUGAAGGAGCUGGGGAUCUAUGUGGGGAAAUGUGUUCCUGGACAGUAUACGCAUAUGACUUGUCCAGCUUGCAAUGGUGGUGAUUCAGAGGAAAAAAGCUUGUCUGUUUACAUCAGCCCUGAUGGAGUCAUAGCUUUAUGGAUGUGUUUUCGUGCAAAAUGUGCAUGGAAAGGCAGCACGAGGGCCUUUGGAGAAUCACGUUCAAGUUUGAAACAAAUUGCCCAAACGAAGACCGUAAGAGAAGUCACAGUGGAAGGUCUGAAACUAGAGCCACUGUCUGACCAGCUUCGUGGUUAUUUUGCUGAGCGAAUGAUAACAUCAGAGACGCUGCAGAGAAAUCGUGUUAUGCAGAAAAGAUGUGGGGAUAAUGAGAUUGCUAUUGCAUUUACUUACUGGAAAAAGGAGAAGCUCGUAAAUUGCAAAUAUCGGGACAUCUUGAAGAGAUUUUGGCAGGAAAAGGAUACUGAAAAGGUAUUUUAUGGUUUGGAUGAUAUAGAGGGAGAAAGUGAUAUCAUCAUUGUUGAAGGGGAAAUGGACAAGCUUUCAAUGGAGGAAGCUGGCUUUCGUAAUUGUGUCAGUGUUCCUGAUGGAGCACCUGCUCAAGUUUCCACAAAAGAUUUGCCACCUGAAGACAAGGACACUAAGUAUCAGUAUCUGUGGAACUGCAAACAGUACCUUAAAGAGGUAUCACGCAUUAUACUAGCCACUGAUGGGGAUGCACCUGGUCAAGCCUUAGCUGAAGAACUUGCACGCCGGCUUGGAAGAGAAAGAUGCUGGCGAGUCAAGUGGCCAAAGAAAGAUGAAGUUAAUCAUUUUAAAGAUGCAAAUGAGGUACUUAUGUAUCUUGGACCGCAAGUACUAAAGGAAGUAAUUGAGAAUGCCGAGUUGUACCCUAUAAGUGGAUUAUUCAACUUCAAAGAUUACUUUGCUGAAAUUGAUGCAUACUAUCAUCGCAGUUUUGGAGAUGGAUUUGGCAUAUCUACCGGGUGGAGAAAUCUGGAUGAACUAUACAAUGUUGUGCCAGGAGAGUUAACUAUAGUUACUGGGGUUCCAAACUCCGGGAAGAGUGAAUGGAUUGAUGCGCUCAUAUGCAAUCUUAAUCAUAGUGUUGGUUGGACAUUUGCACUCUGCUCUAUGGAGAACAAGGUUCGGGAGCAUGCAAGAAAACUUUUGGAGAAACACAUAAAGAAGCCUUUUUUUAAAGCAGGUUAUGGAGGAUAUGCUGAAAGAAUGACUGAAGAGGAGUUGGAGCAAGGGAAGCAAUGGUUGAGUGAUACAUUUAGCCUUAUAAGGUGUGAGAAUGAUGCUCUUCCAAGUAUUCAAUGGGUCCUUGAACUUGCCAAAGCAGCAGUUAUGAGGCAUGGGGUCCGUGGACUUGUAAUUGAUCCAUACAAUGAACUUGAUCAUCAACGUCCUGUUAGCCUGACUGAGACUGAGUAUGUGAGUCAGAUGCUUACUAAGAUCAAGCGGUUUGCUCAACAUCAUGGUUGCCAUGUUUGGUUUGUUGCGCAUCCCAGACAGUUGCACAGUUGGGUUGGGACUCCUCCUAAUCUGUAUGAUAUUAGUGGAAGUGCACACUUCAUAAACAAGUGCGACAAUGGAAUUGUUAUUCACCGCAAUCGGGAUCCAGAUGCCGGGCCUAUUGACAGAGUACAAGUUUGUGUGCGGAAGGUACGGAAUAAGGUGGCAGGAACAAUAGGCGAUGCCUACUUGUCAUAUAAUAGGGUAACUGGUGAAUUUGUAGAGAUCAAGUAACCAUCAGGGGCGGGGAUCGGCUAUUUUGUAUUAAUUUUUUAAGUAUCUGUACAGUGUGAUUCACCUGUUGUCUGAUGAGAUGAAGUCCAUCUAAACCUAAUGGGUGUUGUUGCUUCCUGCAAAACCACGGUAGCUGAGGGUACCUGAUGCUUGUCUAAACGCAGGCUGACUAUUUCGGGUCUUGCAAAGCUAUGGCCCGGGAAGGUUAGGCCCACUUUGGCCAAUUUUUGUACCAUUUACUUCCAUUUGUAAAUUUCUUUUUAUGAAUAUGAUUCAACUACAUAUUAAUCCUUGCCAAUAUGUUUGAUCA